GGCCGGGUUGCUGACUAUGUCAUUCAAAGACGUCCGGUGACAAGGAUGUCCUGUGGCAAGUGAAAAACACCUGGAAGAUCCUCGAAGCUUUUUUCGCCGAUUAUCCUGACAUGCGAGGAAGUAACGGUGAAUCGUUGGACAAUGCUGUCGAUCAUAUCACGCUUCAACUGGGCAGAGUUUGGAGCGCUUCGAAGAGGCAAAAUGAAGACCUCGAAAAAGCCACAAGCAGAAUAUCAUUGCUGGAAAAAGAAUUUGAGAAGAAGCAGGCAGAGUGGAACAGAAAGCAGACUGAAGCACAAUCUUUGGAAAGCACGCUCAAGAUACUGGAAAAAGAGCUAAAAGAAGCCCGGGCGAACAUCAACAGAAACUAUGAGAUAUUCCAAAAAGACCGAAAGUCUUUGGAAAAGAAGAUUCAGAAGCUGGUAUCCGAGAACCAAAGCCUUCAGAGUAAGGAUAGUGAUAGAAAGCGCCUCAAAGAGUCCUAUGAGAAGCUUUUGCGUGAAGCAAAGGAUGUUGCGGCGGCAGAGAAACGACGUGCGAGUCAACAGCAAGAGUCUCAUCGUACGAACUACAACAAUCACGUGAAGAGCAUGAACGACCGCAUAGCUUUGUUAGAAAGACAGAACGAGAAGUUGAAAGAUGACCUGUACGACGCAGGUCUCAAGACGGGGAAGACCGUGAAGGAUCUCAAAGCAAAACUAUCCAAGGCUGAACUGGAUGCGGAAAAGGAGAAGCAGAAGCUGCAAGAGCAACUAGAAGCGCAAGAAGCGAGACUGAAAAAACAACACCAAGCAAACACCCAACAGCUCCGCUCAGUCAAUGAGGAGUUCAGGUCAGCUUUGGUUGCCCGGGAGCAUUUUAAAGGACUGAGAGAUCGUGAUAUUACCAAGAAGUUCACAGGUUUGGCGACUGAGAUUGAAGACAUCUCCACGCUGGGAUGGAACAGUAACAACUCAGUCGAUUGGCCACUCUCCGAGAACCAACUGCGACAGAUACAUCCAAGCAACAUCAGAUUGCUGAAACAGCAGGUUGUCCAGAGUUGUAUAUGGAUGCUUCUUCACAAGCAUGUUUUUGGAUCACCCUUCAGAAUCAUGGGUACGGAAGGACAACAAGCAGACGGGACAUGGCGCAACAUAUAUUGCACAGGUGAGUUCUGUUCGGGCCGCACGUAAUCUUGUAUGCUGAUGCGAUAAUACCAGAUGACUCGUUCCAAUGGCCCGAAGUCUCCGCCGAUCUUGAAAAGGCACGUUAUGAAACGGCACAGAUGUUUUUGGCAGCGAUCGAGCGGACCUCUGGGUUGUCACCAGAUGAC